GGCGCCCGUUCCUUCCAUUUGUAGAAGGGGGGUCGAGUUGGGCUCAACAUGAACCUGCCGCGCCGACACUCCGGGCUGGGACAAGCAGGCAGCAGCCGGCCGGCCGCCCCCCAAGCAGCAGUCGCACAGGGGAACCCGCCUGGAGUGCUUUGAACAUCAGCAACAAGUUUUUACCUGGGUGCUGAAGCACUCAUGGCUGUCGCUUAUGGUACUGUCACCCAGCCAGGCCUGCUUUCCCAGCAGUACCCCCCACCCCUGCUGCCCAAGCCUGGAAAGGACAACAUUCGACUUCAGAAGCUCCUCAAAAGGACCGCCAAGAAAAAAGCCUCCACUCAGGCAUCGCAGUCUGCCACACCUUUCCGUUCCAGCCUCUCCCCUGUAAAUGAAGCAAGCCCCGACCUCGAGCACAGUGACCACUUCACCCCGCCUCGCACUCCAGAUACACCACAGAGCUUCUACGGCAAUCAACCGCCGCGGUUCACCGUCAGGCUGCCGUAUCAGCAUGUGGCAUCUCCUUACCCACAACGUGCAGCUUAUGGCAGAGGAGCUAGGAUGUCACCUCAAACAGUGGUGAUGCCUUCAUACUCUUACUCUCAGCAUGUCACCACAGUUUCCUACCCUUCAGGAGUGUCAACAGCUUUGGGGCAAGUCCCUCAGCCAGGGGUCCCCAAAGUAUUGGUGCUGGCUUCCUCUGUGUCAGAGGUGACAGUAUCUGCUGCUGAAUUGAAAAAGUCAGCUUUUAACACAUUAGCUCAAACUCAUGCUAGUGUAAUAGGUCCAACUCCAUAUCCAACAUCAGGGCGUCAACCUAUGAUUCAGCCCCUCACCGUGUUGACCACGCUGGUCAAACCCAGAAGUCCACGUCCAACAUUUAAAGCAACUGAGCCCUCGAGAUCACCCAAACCCAUGUUUGAUGUCCCUCAAAUUAGGAUGUACACAGCAAGCACAUCAUUUUAUGAGACAUCCAGGAUGCCACCAGUGUAUGACACAGCUGGAUUAACUGCUAUUGGAAGCACGGUACCUCACAGCAAGAUGCCAGCAGAGACAAAUGAUCCUCAGAGAACAACACCAACUUCAGAUAUUAAAAGAACCACCCCAACAGCCGAAGUCAGAGGAGCCACCCCAACAGCCGAAGUCAGGGGAGCCACCCCAACCGCCGAACUCAGGAGAGCCCCCCCAACAGCCGAAGUCAGGAGAGCCCCCCCAACCGCCGAAGUCAGGAGAGCCACCCCAACAGCCGAAGUCAAGAGAGCCACCCCAACAGCCGAAGUCAAGAGAGCCACCCCAACAGCCGAAAUCAGGGAAGCCACCCCAACCGCCGAACUCAAGAGAGCCACCCCAACCGCCGAAAUCAGGGGAGCCACCCCAACCGCCGAAGUCAAGAGAGCCCCCCCAACAGCCGAAGUCAGGAGAGCCCCCCCAACCGCCGAAGUCAGGAGAGCCCCCCCAACCGCCGAAGUCAAGAGAGCCACCCCAACAGCCGAAAUCAGGGUAGCCACCCCAACCGCCGAAGUCAAGAGAGCCACCCCAACAGCCGAAAUCAGGGGAGCCACCCCAACCGCCGAAGUCAAGAGAGCCACCCCAACCGCCGAAAUCAGGGGAGCCCCCCCAACAGCCGAAGUCAAGAGAGCCCCCCCAACCGCCGAAGUCAAGAGAGCCCCCCCAACCGCCGAAGUCAGGAGAGCCCCCCCAACCGCCGAAAUCAGGGGAGCCACCCCAACCACUGAAGUCAAGAGAGCCACCCCAACAGCCGAAAUCAGGGGAGCCCCCCCAACCACUGAAGUCAAGAGAGCCACCCCAACAGCUGAAAUCAGAGCUAAAACACCAACUUAUGAGUUCCAAACAUCAAGGACUGCAGCAGGAAGGCCUAAAACACCAGCGUACCAUGUGACUCGAGCUGCAACACCUGUCUUUGAGAUCUCAAGACCCAAUCCUCUCCUGUUUGCAGUGUCGCCAGUUACAGUAGAGCCAGAGAGGUCGAGAAUGCCUCAAACAGUUUUGUUAGAAAGCAGUUCAUCAGCUUCCCAAAGUGUGAAGACUACAGCGCCUCCUGAACGAACACUAAAUGGGGGCAUCCAGUCAGACAUGAUAUCUUCAGAAAAACCAGUACAACCAAGUAUUACAAAGUCAAAGUCGGAACCAGAUCUGUCAAGUAGAAAGAGCUCAGUUGCUCCAGUUGGCUCUGAGGAACCUAAAGCACCAAUAACACCAGCUUUUUCUGGCCAGCAGAGGGCUAAGACACCAACAUAUGAGGCAUCCCGGCUUAUGACCACAUCGCCUGGCUAUAAAAGACCAAAGACACCCACAUAUGGGACAUUGGCUUCAGAUCUGUCACCUGUAGGCUUUCAGAGACCUACAACCGCAAUUCAAGUGUCUCAAAAGUCAAAGUCUUCUUAUCGUGGACUCACGCCGGCUGAAUACACGGCUUAUGGUGGAAUCAAAACUUACUCUCCAGCAUUUGGCAUCUCAGGUUUAAUGACGUCAAAUAAAGAAGAGGUUAAAGAUAAAAAAGAGAUCUCAGAAGAAUCAAAAGGACCUAACCAGGAACCCUCUGUGAAGAGACAAUCUGCAUUUGAGACUUCUACAAUCAAAAAAACCCCAAAAGAUGUUGCUCAGUCCCACCAGAGAGAUGAGAAGGUUGCUGCCACCCCUUCAAUCCCUUUUAUUGUUGUUACACAAGCAUCUGACUCCCCAGGAGCAAUGUUAACACAAGAGACGAGCAUGGGAUCUGGUCAGGUUGCAGCAAAACGUGAAACAGUAAUUCAAGAAACUCCAAAGGCUAAACUUUCAGCAGCAGAGAAACAGAAAGGGGAAACACCUAUUCAAGAAACCAAGCCAAAGACUCCUGAAGCCAAACGUCCUGUGCCUAAAGGUGGAGACCAAGAUCCCCUGAAGGCAGUAAAGAAACUUCUAGGCAAAAAUAAAGUCCCGACUGCUAAGCAGAAAUCAAUAACCGAGACAAAUGCUGAUGUUGCAGAACAAAAGGAACCAGCAAAACCUGUAGAUGUCAAUAAGAUCACAUCUGAAAGCUCAAAGCCAAGCACUGCAGCAUUUCCUCUGCCUGUCAAGGUUCCUGCUGCUGUAGAAGACAAUGAACAAGACAGGAAAACAGAAUCACCUUCAGGAGUUCAUUCUGUAGCUGAGAAAAAGGAAGGUGACCAGAGCCUCCCAAAAGCAGAACCCAUUCUUAAAGCCAUAUUGAAGCCAAAGGGAGUCAAAUCUAAAGCGAGUGGCUGGUCGCGGCUCAAGAAGCACAUGGUGGUGGAGCAGGAGGAGCCCAAAUUUCCACAGACAGGCUCUGAGAAAGAGGUCACGGGCAAGGACCAGAAGGAGAUAAAAACGGUGGAUGAGAAGGCUGGAGACAAGCCCAGUGUCCAGAAAGAAAACCAAACCAAAGACACUCCCAAGGCAGCACAAAUGUGGGACGCUGUCCUCUUCCAAAUGUUCUCCUCCAAGGAGAACAUCAUGCACCAGAUUGAGUUAAACAAAAGUGAGACAGAGAAGAAAGAAGAGGGAAAAGAUGAGCUGAAAGAAAUCCCUUCAUUUGCGUACCGAUUGCCUGUGCUGCUUUUCAGUCCAAAGUUUGAUGCUAAAAAGCUCAAGGAGGCAGCAUCGAGGCCCGUCACGAAAAUUUCCACUGUGUUUGAAAUGGGUUUGAUUGGGCGAAAAGGUAAAGACGAGGAACCAAAAGACUUUAAUAGAACAGCACGGGGGUUCACUGCUUCUUAAGAUACAUCUAAUGUGAAGUGCCAAGACAAAAGUGUAAAAAAAAGAAAAAGAGUUAGGAUUCUAUGUUUAAUGUACAGAUGCAGAAAAAUCUUAGCAACAGAAAUAAUGUAAAAGUCUGGAGUCUUAGUCUGUGUGUUUGUGCUGAAGAGAGCUUCGGUCUGAACUUUAUACUUGACAAAUGCUUCGUGUGACUGGCUGUCUGGGUGUUCACGCACAUGUUGGUAUUUGUGGAUUAGCUCCAUUUGUCUUAAAGUCAUUCAGAUUAAAGUGUUGUGAUGUCAGAGCUUCUCAUUUGCUCUUUUCAUCAACAUGUUCACGAUAAAUAGACAAUGUUAGAUUAUGGAUUAGCAUUGUUCUCUGAGGAUUUUAAAGGUGCCCUGUGGAGUUUUGUUGUGCAGAAUUUUAGGUGUUUAUAGUAAUGAUACUCAGCAUCCUCGUUUCUGCCUUGUUGGUGCAUUGCUCCACAUUCUGGCUCAGCUGAGGCUGAAACUGAGCUAUCAUAAAUGCAUGAAACAGACCUGCUAUGUUUAAAAACCACUACAUAGUGUUAAAAUCUCCACAGGGUAUCUUUAUUGCAGAAACAUUAUUAGUAAAAUAAAUUACAUUUUGGUGAAUAAAAUUAUAUUUUUAUGUAUAAUAAAUAAAAAUGUAACUGAUUUUAAGACAAAUAAUUUGUGUAAUCAUUUAAAUAUGUCGUUUUUUCAAAAUGGUGCUACUUGCCUCAGGGUAAGACCUCUCACUAACACACGUGUACGUAGAGAAAUAUGAUUUUUUGUUUUUAGGCUGUAGAUGGCUGUGUUUGUGAAUAAACCUCUUAAAGCUGAAACGACAUUUUUAAAAGCAUUUAAAUUACAAUGAUCUGACAAAAAAGGCACAGAGUUCAUUUAAAUCCGUGACUAUUGUUAUAAUUUAAUAUUUACACAUUAGACAUUGAGUCUUAGUUAUUUUUACAAUCUCAUUUAUCAAAUAGCUUCACGCUGUAGGAUGAAAAAUCACAGCUGAGUACUCCAUACUCAGUAACCUCAGUAAAGCUGCACAAUAACGAAUGUUACAUAAACUAGAGCUUUACUAUAAAAAUAUAUAAUUAUCACACAAUGUUAAAAAUAGUGUAAAAUUAAAUAUUUUGCAGCUCAACAUGUUAAAUUUGACUGUGACUUAAAGACGGUCGAUGAGGUAAAAGCUUGUGAAAGUUGUAGAGUGAUGAUGAGCAGCCUCCACUGUGAUGGAGAUGAGUAGGAUAGUGAUCUGUGAGGUCAAAGGUAAAGAUGCACAGUAGGGAUUUAUUUGACUGUAAUGCAUGGUAGGCAGUCCAACAUUAAUUUUUCUAGCUCUUUUUUGACCUGCUGGGAUUCAGCAGGUAUUUUAUUGAUGGUCUUUCUAACGUGUGUUGGAGCCGCUGAUUGUUGCAGGUUCAGCUUCAGAGCUGCUGUCAAAGCAGUCUGAAGCUGAGUGACCUUCACACAAACCGAUGCUACACAGCAAGACCACAAAUAAAAACUGCUCUGAGCCCCCCCCCCAAAAAAAAAACUUUCUAAACUGAAUUCAGUCCUUUUAUUGUCACAUCUCCAUCUGGGUAACUGAGCGUAGCUUACUGUUUCAUAAUCAAACCAAACUGUGACGUGUGUGUCUAUAUUACUGUGUUUUUGUUAUCACUGAUCUUUUAUUUAA